AUGGACCUAAGUAAUCAUGGCAAUGAUUUACGUUUCCCCUUCGCCAAGAGUUGGUCUCCAUUCUAUGUCAAAUUUCCAAGCGAGCAAUAUCCAAUAAAGUAUAACGUCGAGAACAAACGUGUGAGUACUAAGAACACGUUUUUCUCCGAGUUGGGUUUGUACUCUACCCCUGAUCAAGCUUAUGGACUCGAUGAUUGUUUCCGACUUCCUCUACACUUGUUCCUGCGAUGGUUGCAAGAUGACCAUAUGGAUACAACAUUGAGCGAGGCUAGGAGGGAGCACAAACCCUUCUUCAACGACACCUGGGCAAUUGUCGUCGUACACGUAUGUCUACUUUGCGAGUGUUGGAACUAUCCCCUUGCUUUCAAUGCAGCAAUGGAUCAUUUGAUAAAUCUGCGGGACUUUUCAUUCAUGGCCUCGAAACAAAUCGAAGCCACUUACAAGACUACCUACGCUGGAUCGGGUUUGCGUCGGUUGAUCGCGGAUAUUCUCUCGAUUGGAACGCUUCAAGAUACAAUCAGGCAUUUAGGCAUACUCCAAGAUUCAAUUGCCGAGCAAGUGUUUGAGGAGAUUUCGGAUGACAUGUGGACACGUCAAGUUCCCGAACCAUCGUUGUUUGAUUCUGCUGGCAAUGUUAGAAAUGUUCAGUUGGCAGAAUAUCACAUGGAGUUGUAG